GGGAUGACCAACAGAAAAGAUUUGAUAGACGAAGCCUUACUACGACCUGGUAGAAUGGAAGUACAAGUAGAGAUAAGUGAGUUUUCCUUAAGACCAUCAUUACGCGACCUAAUUUUUCCUGUAACUUCAAUUCCCAGGGUCGUCGCAACUACGAGGGCAGAUAGUAAAGAUACAUUGUGUAUUCAGAGUGAUAUCUAUCCUAAAAUCGUAUUGGAGGUUCAUUACUGUAUUAUUAUCCUCAACUAAACGUAUAUCUUAGGCCAGAAAGUUCAAGCGGCAAGAGUGCGAACGAGACUCUAUAAAGGCCCAUGCGAGGCACUCUCCCGUUUCAAUUAUUAUAUAUAAAAAGAUAAUAAUACACAAGUACAUAUACACGAUACUCCAAUUUACGUAAACAUAUACCAACUGGUUAACCCAAACAUAUAAAACAUAUAAACUGGUUAAACAUAUACGAACUGAUUUCCCCUCUUUAUACCUCCACAACAGGUCUGGCGGAUGAACCAGGUCGUCUUCAGAUCCUCGAGAUUCACACUCGAGCCUUGCGAGAAAACAACUUACUGAGCAGUGACGUAGAUCUCGCAGAACUCGCUGCACAGACCAAGAAUUUUAGUGGGGCUGAGAUCGAGGGACUGGUGCGAGCUGCGCAAUCAAACGCUAUGAACCGAUUUCUUAAGGUGAAUCAUUGUGUUUUGUAGUAAGAUACACUCCAUCCCCUUGUCUUCGUAACCUAUCUUCCUCAGUGGUGUCUCUGUCUAGCAUUAAUUUGAAGCUUUCAAUGGUAAACAAGUUAAAAAAAAAUUUUAAACUUCUCUACUUAGAUGGAGACGACGUUAGAAAUUGCACCUGACGCCGUCUCGAAAGUGUUGGUGAAACCGACAGAUUUUAAUCAUGCUCUGGAACACGACAUCAAGCCGGUAAGAUACGACUAUUUUCUGUUUGCACUGUAUGUACUCCAGGGGUAGAAAACAUUUUUUCUUUCUUGGAACCUGGGUCGAAGGCUAGAAAUUUUCUGUAAAAUUUGCAAUGUUACAAUUACAAAAAUAACAAAACAAAUGCAUAAUUAUUACAUUAUUUGUACUUUAGUAAUAAUAGGCUUUAGGCAGGUUUUUGUAUGCUUGUACAUCGCAAUAGUUGUUUGUGAUGUACCACAGUUCUGAGUUAUGACCAACUAUAGUAAGGAUCUAACGCUUAACUAAGUGUCCUAUCAUCUUAUUUAUUCCAUCACUUUUAUUUCUUUACUACUUAAUUUGCAUUUUAUUGGAUACUUUGCAGAAUAUAUAUUUACCAUUUUACCUCAUUGUGAUGGCAGGGAUGGGUAAAAGAAUUAAUUUUUGUCAAAUAUUUAAAAGGCUGCUGAUGUUAUAGCGUGUACAGUGUAAAUAAAGUAUAAUAGUUGUAACUUGUAAGUUGAGUAAACAGAGUUAUCUCAAAAUGUUGAAAUAUUUUCUGGAAAAUUUUCUGCAAAACUCUCAACUCAAAAAAAUUUCUGGGAACUAGGUUCCCAGGUUCCGAUACUUUUUCUACCCCUGAUGUACUCCAAAUUUUAGUAUGUACUUGGACAAUAGAAAUAAUAGACAUCGUUUGGAUAACUAACCCUCCUUGUUGUACAAAUUUAAAAAACUUUUUUUUCACUUUAGGCAUUUGGCGCAAGUGAUGAUGAUCUGGAGUACUUUGUUCUUAAUGGUGGGCUUCCUCUCUUCUGUCUGUUUCAAGUUUCAAUCAAUAUUCUAUCAACUGGCUUCUCUUUCUCUGAAUCGCUUCUUCUAUUUUCUGUUAGAUAUCAUUCGUUGGUGUCCGAUGAUCGAGCAGAUUAUCUCUGAUGGAAAAUUGCUGAUAGAGCAAACCAAAGUACAUGAUAGCUCCAUGGGACCCGUCAGUGUUUUGCUUGAAGGUAUGAUUUUGUCUCAGUGAAUAGCUCUAUCUAUUCUAGUAUUCUGCUCUCAAGUAUCAAUCCCAGUAUCAAAUAAUAAUAACUAAACUGUUAAAAAUCCCAUCAGCAAUCCUGCUGCUAUUAACGGGAGAACAGCGAUUACAAUUAUCAACCCCAAAUUAUUGACUUAUUGCACUAUUCACCUUCGGAAGAUCAAGCAGCGUCUUAUCCCUCAGGUCUCUGUUGUGCAUGCAACGCCUGAAUUUAAAUGUAUCUCUCAGUUGACUGGGGCAGUCCAAGUUAUACAGUAUCUUGAAAAUACUUAUAAAGCGUAAAAAUCGUCUCCUGCUAUGCAAUGUGAACGACACAUGGACUAAUCACUGUGCCAACACCACUCUGAAUUUGGUUUUAUCAUCGUAGGCCCAGUUGGUUCAGGUAAAACAGCCUUGGCAGUCAACAUGGCACUCGCUUCAGAAUUUCCUCUUAUUAAAAUGUGUAGCCCAGAAAGCAUGACUGGCUUCUCAGAACAGGCGAAAUGUAACGCCAUCAAAAAGGUAAUCUAAACUAAACUAAACUAACUUUACUUAUGCUGGAUAUCUCCAUCAGUUCUAAACUAUUCUCCCUUGAAAUCAAGUAAGAGACGUACUAUAUUUGUCCACUAUUAGUCUUCCAUGAAAUCCAAUAAGAAAUAUCCACUAACAAACCACCAGUAGAAUGCGUUGAGUUUAUCUGCCUCGAUUUUCUAAUAGGUGUUUGAUGAUGCUGAUAAAUCCGAGCUAAGUUGCAUCAUCAUUGACGAUAUCGAAAAACUAUUAGGUAAGAGAAUGAUUCUUAACUCUCUUUUUGAUAAUAGGGAGAUUCAGAUUUGACUACCGCUACCUCUCACUGGCUUAGUACGCAUCUGAUUGGUUAAUCGGGCAUAUCAAACGCAUCUGAUUGGUUAAUCGGGUAUAUCAAACGCAUCUGAUUGGUUAAUCGGGCAUAGCAAACGUAUCUGAUUGGUUAAUAGCCACUUCGUUGUAGGAAGUCGAAUCUGAACCCCUGUAGUGACAAGUUAUAGCAGCAGCUGUAUAUUUUUUCAUGUGGGAUGUUUAAAUUUUAGAUUACGUUCAAAUUGGACCAAGGUUUUCUAAUAUGGUGUUACAAUCCUUGUUGGUUUUACUUAAGAAAAAAAUACGAAAGGUAUUUUUUAUUCAUUUUAUUUUAUCUUGUUCAAGUGAAUGAAUGUGAUUUUUAACUGAACAAGUUACAUUCACGAUCCAACGUUUCGACACUUCAGUCUGAUGUCAUUAUUAGGCGUGACUAAAAGUAGCCACGUAUGCACUUAUCUAGCAUAGAGAUUAUAAAUAACACUAGAGGAGGCAUCGAGUUUAAAAAUUGGAAACGCAGCUAAUGGGGGGCAAAUUCAGGUCCCGGAUAUAAAAUCGUGCUCUCAUUGGCUGAUUUGAAACUCGUCACCAAUGGGAACACGAAUACACAUCCGGGACUUCAAUUUGCCCCCCAAUAGUCGCGUUCCCUUUUUUUUACUGAAUUAAGAUAUGUUAUCUAGUGUAUGUCAUAUGAAUGACGUCAUGACCUAAAAUGGCAAGGUCUUCGUAAGACGGUGACCUUGGCUAAAAACAGUUUGUAUUUUUAGGGCAAGAAAUUGCUUAUAGUGGGUACAUCAAGUUGUAAGAAUGUUCUGCAUGAUAUGGGCAUGGUACAAGUAUUUAAUAUGGUGCUUCAUGUUCCUGGCUUGUCUUCGUUGGAACAGCUUGUUACUGUUCUAGAGGUAAGCGGGUUAAGUCAUGUUUGGAUCAGCUGUAUGUAGUAUACAGAAGGGAGGUUCUGAGUCUGGUGGAUCGUCAGAUGGGGCGAGGGGAGGGGGUCCGGACCCCAUGCCAUUCCCCCCGUGGUUACGGAAUGUUCCUUGUUAUGUAAUUAUAUUUCAAAUCUCCAUGUUUUCGUAGGCGAGGAAUUUGUUUGAAAUAGACGAACUAGAAAGGAUUCGAAAUGAAAUUGGAAAACGCAGGUAAAAAAAUCUGUAAUGUAUUCCGACGCAAAACGUCUCAUUGGGAUGCGCAGUAGAAACUUUGUAUUGGCUGAAAUUUUGUGUUUUCAAUCAAUUAUAUAUCAUGUCGUAAUUUUGUUUUUAAGCUUAUGGAUAAGUGUGAAAAAGUUAUUGAUUCUUGCUGAAGUUGCUAUUAGGGUAAGAAUUGAACUGUAUGUUUUGUGUAUUGUUUUGUUUAUUUAAACGUGCAUUUAUUGUCGCUGAAUUUCUUACUUUUGCCUUAGACACAACCGUCGUCCAGGGUUGAUAAAUUUAUUUCACUAUUGGAGAGAGAAGAAUGGUAAGUUUUGAUUCAUCUUAUCAAAGCAGUAAAGAAUUGGAAAGUUGAAAGAAAUGUUCUAACUUUGCAGUGGUGAAGCUAGCCAUAGCAACUGGUCAUGUAGCCCGCGUGUACGCCCACAGAGAGAGGAAUAGUGGGCGUGCACGCGGGCAACUGGUCACGUUAUGCAAAUUUUAAAUUAUUUAAAUUAUUGAAACUUUUCGAAAUAUAUUGUCUCUAGCCUAUAUAAAGCUGGAGUAAUACGAGCAACAAAAUUGCUGCAACUUGCAACAAAAUCUGAUUUCUACGCAUGUUAAUUGAAAAUGUUUGUAAACAAAAAUACAAAUCACGAGGCAACAUAUGUCGACAUUUCUACUUAACAUGCGUUGAAAUCAGUUUUUGUUGCAAGUUGCAGCAAUUUUGUUGCCCGUAUUACUCCACCUUAAGUGUACUUUGUUAGCACAGCAGCACCAGUUCCGCAUAAAUUUGAAAUCGCACACAGUUUGUUUUUUUUGGUUAAGAAUCUGGCUAGAGCUACCUUUCAUCUUGCAUGUAUCAUUAAUUUCAUGCACUUUGCAUGCAAUGGGUGAUUCCAGCUGCAGACUAAUUUUUGAUCAAGGCAAGAAGAACGAAAACCAACACCACAGCUAGAAAGAGCGUCUUAGAAUGAGUAAAACUGCAAAGAUUGGUCGCUAGAUAUGUUGUAAAAUGAAGAAAAUAUAGCCCUGUGAAGUUCGCAAAUUUUGUAUAUAUUUGUAUUACGCACGGUAAAAAUAACCACUUUCGGCCCAAAAAUGGUUAUUUUUACCGCGCGUGGUUAUUUUUACCGCGCGUAAUGCAAAUAUAUACAAAAUUUGCGAACUUCACAGGGCUAUAGUUUCCUCAUUUUACAACAAUUCACAACCAAACUUUGCAAUUUUACUUUUUUUAAAUUGCUCUUUCCAGCUAUGGUAAUAUUUAGUUCUUCUUGUCUAGAUUAAAAUUUCGUCAAUACCUGCAAUCAUCCAUUUCUCUUCCCUUAAUUUCUUUUUUCUCUUCUUCAGUUUAAAAGAUUUUACGUGAUGAAUAUAUCCAGGUACCCACAACAUGCUACAGUACUUUACGUUAAAUCGCACCGGGCAAUUCUAAAUCGAGGUAACUCUGUCCAAUUAUUCUACAUAAUCUACGCUACGCUAGGAAACUAAUGAUGUUUAUUAACUAUAGCCGUCCUAUCGCUGACCGAUAAAGAUAAUGUCUUACCAAGAUCGAAAUUGCAUUGCAAGUUACAGAAAUAAUUGUUCUAAACGCAGGGUUAGCAUUCGAUAAAUUGGCCUGAAAAUUAUGUAGUACUAUAAUAUAAUGCACAAGCUGUCAGUGUGUAUUGAUUGCUUAUACUGUAGAUCUAAGGAAAGCAUCAACUAUUUCGCUGACCUCAGAAUGACAUUUCGUCAAAACGUUUUUUGUUCAAGAUUGGUUUAGAAACAAAUUUGGAGUAGGGUUAGGUUAGGGUUAGGGUUAGAGUUGGUGUUUGGAAUAGGGUUAGUGUUAGUAAAACCGUUGCUUUGUUACGUUUUGUCACUCUGAGGCCAGCGAAAUAAUCUCUUCCAUCUAUGAAGUCAAGUUUACCAAAUAUUUUAGCAAUGGAACUAACGUUUAAAUCAGUAAUCGGUAAAUCAGUGGCGCCAUGUAGUGAUAUAAAUAAGGGAAAAUGUGUAUCCGAUGAUGGACAUAUAUUUUGACAUUCAUUUCGUUUGAUUUUUCUUCAUAAAUUAUUAAUGAUAUAUUAAAGAACAUACUGCAAACGAAAGCACACAACUUUUCCAAGUUCUCAACAGCUUGCAAUUCUUAAUUAGGGUUUAACGUUCACCAAAUAAAAUAAGUCUUGAAAACAUCCUAUAUUUUGUCAUAAUAUUCUAAGCUCACAGUAGCGCACAGUUUUUUAACGGAAGUCCGCCAGUUUCUCGGAAUGGAUUUUUGGACGAUGGUAUUUUUGUGAGGAAUGCAUCCUGCUGAACAUUGCUCAGGCAGUAGUCGAUCAAGUCUUGUGAACAUGUGCUGAUGUUUCGUCGUUUGAUCAACAGGAGACGACGCAAUCCGUCUACUUCUUUCUCCAAUCUAUUUCGUUCGGCUUGCACCUCAGAUUCGUGAUGCGAAUUCAUGGCUGUCUUGCUAAGUAUGUAUCUGUGAACAAAUUUGAAGGCAGCAAGUUGAAGCUAUUUAGUGUUGCCUUCUUUUAAUAUUAUCUUUCUAUGUCUAUCAUUAUCUAUAUAUGUCAAUAUUUAAACAAGGACAAAAAGCAUUCAUUAAAGAAACGUUGUAACAAGUAUCUCCAAUCUCUGAAAUCGAUAACACAAAUGAUAUAUACUAGACCCUGAAUUUUACUUCCAAAAUGC